AUGCAAGCAUCUACCAGUAGGUCACUGCCCGCCGAUAUAGGACCUGAGGCCGAGGACAACAGGAAGACGGAGACAGAGGUGGCAGCCAACAGCACCGGCAGCGAUGUCGAGAUUCUUGAGAACCAGCUGGAUGCCAGGGCCAAUGUGCAACACGCUACAUCCUCAACCGCCGCCGAUGCACAGGCAACCGCAACCACCGCCAACGAUGUGCAAGCAACCGCCACCACUCGGGCAACCACCGUCACUUGGGCAACCACCGCCACUCGGGCAGCCCCCGCCGCUCGGGCAGCCGCCAAUGCGCUGGCCUCCGCCGCCGCGCUGGUGGCCUUCUCUGCUGUGCGCGCGGCCGUGCGGGCAAUAUUUGUACGGUUUGUGAUCAGCAAGGCUCUGGGAGUUUCGCUGCAGCAGGACUCGAGCUGCAUGCUGACCGCUGGAAGGAUGUUCGUGUACGGGCGGCAAGGCGGUCGAAGUCACUCAGCACCCUCCAACCACACCGUCCACUACCUCCUACACAGCGCUCAUCGUAACGGCACUCAUGUCAUUUGCCUCACUCAUCUACAGCGCCUGUACCAUCCUCAUGAUACCGGACAUUUCUUUACAACAGAUCCAACAUCUCGUUUCAACCGAACCAACACUCCGACCGGCGCUACCUCUCUGUCGGCAUUCUCUUCAGCGUCUCUGCAAAUCUCUCAUUGA